AUGCCCGGUGGACGGAGAGGACUCGUCGCACCGCAAAACACCUUCUUGGAGAACAUCAUACGAAGAUAUAAUUCUCUCUCUGACUGCAGUUUUCUACUGGCCAAUGCCCAGAUCGUCGACUUCCCGAUAGUGUAUUGCUCGGAAUCUUUCUGUAAAAUAUCGGGAUAUAAUCGAGCGGAAGUGAUGCAGAAGUCGUGUCGUUGCGUCUUCAUGUACGGGGAGCUCACCGACAGGCAGAGCAUUAUAAAGAUCGAGCAGAGUUUGGAGAAUCAUGAGCAGAUGCAAGUUGAGAUUCUCCUCUACAAGAAAAACAAAUCCCCACUCUGGCUCUUACUGCACGUGGCUCCCAUUAAAAACGAGAAAGAUGUAGUUGUGCUGUUUCUACUCACUUUUCGGGACAUCACUGCCUUAAAACAACCCUUAGAAGAUGAUGCAGCCAAAGGGCUGAGCAAGUUCGCCCGAUUAGCGAGGUCCGUGACGAGAAGUCGAUCUGUUCUUGUUCAGCAAUUUUCGAUGCAUCUCCCUACUAUCAAGUCUGAGAACACCAAACAGUCACAGAUCGCGCAUAUGAUAAGCCUGAACUCAGAAGUCCUUCCACAAUAUCGCCAAGAAGCUCCGAAAACGCCUCCACACAUUCUCCUCCAUUACUGCGCAUUUAAAGCAAUCUGGGAUUGGGUGAUACUCUGCUUAACCUUCUAUACGGCCAUCAUGGUACCGUAUAACGUAGCCUUCAAAAACAAAACUUCAGAGGAUGUGUCAUUACUUGUGUUGGACAGCAUCGUGGACGUCAUCUUUUUCAUAGACAUAGUGCUCAAUUUUCACACCACUUUUGUAGGCCCGGGUGGUGAAGUUGUGUCAGACCCAAAGAUCAUUCGUAUGAACUACUUAAAAAGCUGGUUUAUUAUAGACUUAUUAUCUUGUUUACCUUACGAUGUCUUCAAUGCCUUUGAUCACGAAGAGGAUCAAGGCAUCGGCAGCCUGUUCAGUGCCCUCAAGGUGGUGCGAUUGCUCCGGUUGGGGCGUGUGGUCAGGAAGCUGGACCGCUAUCUAGAAUAUGGGGCAGCCAUGCUCAUCCUCUUACUCUGCUUUUACAUGCUAGUGGCUCAUUGGUUGGCUUGCAUUUUCUACAGCAUCGGACGAAGCGAUGCCGAAAAUGGCGUCUCUUACAGCUGGCUCUGGAAGUUGGGUAACGUGACGCAGCAGCAAUUCAACUUCAGUCGACUCACCAGCGCUGGGAAGCAUAUUCCUCUCAAGUACGAGCUAAUCGGAGGGCCACCGAGAGGGACGAUGUACAUAACUGCACUCUAUUUCACCAUGACUUGCAUGACAUCCGUGGGUUUCGGCAAUGUGGCGGCAGAAACAGACAAUGAGAAAGUGUUCACUAUCUGCAUGAUGAUCAUUGGAGCUUUGUUGUAUGCCACCAUCUUUGGUCACGUGACCACCAUCAUUCAACAGAUGACAUCUGCCACAGCUCGGUACCAUGAGAUGUUGAACAACGUCCGUGAAUUCAUGAAGCUCCACGAAGUACCAAAAGCCUUAAGUGAACGGGUCAUGGAUUAUGUUGUCUCCACAUGGGCAAUGACGAAAGGCAUCGAUACUACAAAAGUUCUGAGUUACUGCCCGAAAGAUAUGACGGCCGAUAUCUGCGUGCAUCUGAAUCGUAAAGUGUUCAAUGAGCAUCCAGCCUUCAGAUUAGCAAGUGACGGGUGUUUACGUGCGUUGGCUAUGUAUUUCACCAUGGAACACAGUGCUCCAGGAGAUCUACUUUACCAUACUGGUGAAAGCAUUGAUACACUCUGUUUUGUUGUAACGGGCUCACUGGAAGUCAUACAAGAUGACGAAGUUGUCGCUAUCUUAGGCAAAGGCGAUGUGUUUGGCGAUGCUUUUUGGAAAGAACCUACCAUCGGGCAAUCUUGUGCCAAUGUUCGUGGUCUUACAUACUGCGAUCUACAUUCCAUCAAGAGAGAUAAGCUGCUCGAAGUACUCAAUUUUUACCAUGCAUUUUCGAACUCUUUUGCUAGAAAUCUUCUUUUGACUUACAAUUUAAGACAUCGACUCAUUUUCCGAAAAGUAUCCGACGUAAAGCGGGAACGAGAGCUUGCCGAGAGGCGUAAAAAUGAACCCCUUCAAGAACUGUCUCAAGACCAUCUAGUUCGCAAGAUUUUCUCAAAGUUUCGAAGAAAUGGAUCUCAUGACAUCGAAAAAGGUCCAAUCUCAGAAGUAGGGGAGCCGCGGGUAACAACGAAGGCAAUCGACACUGGCCCACUCAAAUGGACGCUGACCCGUGAUCUCGACAACAAGGAGAAUGCACCAUCCGAAAACGUCACGCAGCCCAUCCGAAGAAACGUCCAAAAGACUGGCAACAGAUCCUUCUCAAAAUGGUCGCAAGUUCUUUCCAAAGAGGCAACUAUUGAGGAAGAGAGCCCCCCUCGAAAUACAGUCGAUGAUGUUGUCAAAGAACAAACAGAGUCGGCUGAAUACCAAAAGAUACUCGCCAAUUUAGUGGACUUGAGAGUUGAUUUGAAACUUGAGAUGCAAAGGCUCAAUGUAAAGAUAUGUCGUGUAGAUGAACAAAUAGCCCAAUUGCUACGCAUUGUGAGACCACGCAGUGAGAAAGUGUCACAUCCUGUAUUGGUACUUCGUACUCCUGAGACUCAAAGGAAUAAGCCUUUGCAGCGUAGAAACUCUCUUCCUAAACACAGGACUCCUAAAGGCUCCAGUAUCCGAGUCGUCCUGGAGAAUGAAAUUCAUGACCAGAAUAAGGAUGGGCAGUCAGACACCGAAACAAACUAG